GGUACAACCCCCUUAAAGCGUGCAAGAGUGUAACCACCAUGAAAAUGGCAAGUGAUCGGCAACGGCAGUUUCUCGGCGGCGCUCUUCUUUUCAUUGCAUUAUUCCUUACAAAUGCCACAGCUAUAGAGAACAAAAAGUACCCAGCUGGUAAUCAGAAUCUAAAUCCAACCCAGGCUUGGAGGAGUUCUGAAUAUUGCCUCCAGAAUGUCUCGACUACGUGCAAAACGGGCUUUGGCACUAAGAACUACAGCCUGACCUACAAAGGGUGGCUGAACGUCACCGCGGAGGAAGGUCCCAGAUUCUGUGAGGCAGGUGGCUGCGCUGACCACACGAGGUCAGUGCUACUCUGCCUCAAACAUGUCAAGAGAGACUACUGGUUUGCCAACGCUGCAACUGUGCAAGAUCUCUACGACACCAUAGACGAAGGCUGCAAGAAUGGCGGCACAGGUUUUACUGGAAUCAGCAAGUAUGGUUCUCAUUGGAAGGUUAAAUCCAAAUAAACCCCCGUCCUAGCUAAAACAGUUGCGUCGGCUGUUUAUUACCCUUUUUCAACAUAGAUUGAUAGUAGAUAAGUGUAAUAAAAGAACGCAUGA